AUGAGGGAUCGGUCGGUCUCACCACCAGAAUCAAGGUACAUGGCUCCAAAGAGGACAACGUGUACCGAUCGUACCCAGGAUCAAACCAGUAACCCAAAAAAGCAGGAGGCUCACCAACAGGAGUAUGUGACCUAUGUCUCAACAACAUCAUCUAAUGAAAAAGGGUUAACAGGAGAAUUAACCACUAUGAUAUUGCAUCAUUUACCACAAAUGCACAAUUUGCCUGUUGUUAUCAGGGGUUUCAGCGAUCG